AUGGACUCUCAGGCUCCCUCAGUCACCCCCGGUGGAUCUCCCAGCAGCCUUGGAUUUACAGCGGCUCCCCUUCACACGGACGAGCUCGCCAGACAUGACACUGCAUCGUCUACCGGAAGUGCAAAUCGAUUGUCUGAAGGCUAUUGGGCACUGAACCUCAGCGGCAAUUGUUCGAGCUGUCACCACCACCACAAUUCUGUGCAGGUGCGUGUUCGUGUAUCAGGCGACUCUACUGAGGUCGGCGACGUCCGCUGCGAUAAGUGUAAGAAGUUGUGGCUAGCCUUCGGGAAAGGCAAUAGCAGGCGAUUAUCUCUUCUUUCUACAAAGAGCUUAGAUCGGGAGUUGCUCGAAGCUGAGACCGAAUUCCACAGCACCCUAGUCAAUAUCAUCAAAGCCACCAACCCUAUUGCCGCAUUACAUCCCACUCUUACGGCCAUCCCAGAAGUCGCAUCAGUCAGUCCAUCACGGGAGACAUCCGUGCGCUCGACUGCCCGUAGUCAUAUCCAACGGCACUCAGCAGCCGUAGGCAGCGAAUCCAAGCCAGACUCUUCUGGAUUCAGUGGUGCGGUCCGAGCACAAAGCCUCAGCCAGAAGUACACGAACAUUGGCAAACUUGUGGUAUCCAAGGGCCGGAAGAGCUUUCUUCGUCUCAAAAUGAAGGUUGCAGCAAAUUUCCGCACGUCAAAAGUCAGUACCGACGAGCCAUUGUUCCCAAGCGAGAAUCAUCCCACUCGAGACGACCAUAGCCAGGUUCAGGCGCCUGCCAUAGCACUUUCGCCAGCUCCGGCAGAUCUAACGGACGCUCACUCAGAUCAUGAUGCCGAAUUCAGCGAAGGUUACCCCGAUGUCUGCACUUCGUCAACUACCGCUGCGGGUGCGCUAGCUGCGCUCAAAGCGGUCGACCGCCAGGCCAUCCAGGCUCUACCUCCAUGCGAGCGCUUCGAUUGGGGCCGCAGGCAAUUGACAGAAUUUAAAGCUCGAUAUACUGGAUCUACCACCUUGGCCAGCCUUCCUGUGAUGAGUGAUGUCGGAACUCAAGCUGACGCUUCUGAGGACUUGCUACUGCUCCGACCACUUGUUAGACGUCACUCUGCCUUGGCCUAUGUUGGAAACAUCUUCGGAACUAAUGAAUACUGGGAUACCUUUCGGGGAAGUACCCACACUCUAGAUAGUCGGCCAUUCAGCAUGAGCGAAACGAAUCUUUCGGACGCUGAUACCGCUGUUGAACGAAUGACCAUGGCUCCUACGCCACAUCAACUGUUCAUCGAGAGCUUGCAAAGAGAUCGUCGUGGCUCAGGAUCUCCUCGUCCUCUCUCGAUGCAUAGUAUCAUGAACGACUGGCAGCAAACACGUCGAAACCGAGGGGAGGCUCGCUUGUCCAUUGACUCGGCUGCAACUGGAAAUGCUGUUAGAAACAUUACUACCACACGAAGGCGUGCAAGUAAUCGUCUCUCCCGCAGUUCGAUGAACAGAACAUCCUCGGUCUACGGUACCGAACCACAAACUCCGCGCGCUCAAUUCCACUGA